GGCUCGGCGCCGCCGCAGGCCCGCCCAUGAUGGUGUCACGGGCAGCUCCGCCCCGCGGCGCGUGGGGAGGGCGAGCGGGGUCCCCGAAAUGCGGUGGGACACGGGUGUCCCCCAAAUGCGGUGGGGUGAGCUGGGGGGAUGCUCUUGCUAUGGGCAUCACCGCCAGCUGGGGCGACGCAGCGGUAUGGGAUGUGCCUAGGGUAUGGAAGUCCAAAGAAGUGUGAGGUGCCACCUCCCCGCCCGUUUAAUUGAAUAAUCGCAGUGUUGGAGGUCCCUGAAACUGUGCAGUGCCCUUAGGAUUACAGGGACGCUCUAGGACGUAGCAGGUGUGCCACAGUGUAUGGAUGUCUGUGUAAGAAUUUGUGCUCCAGGGAUACGGGGAUGCUUAAAGGGGGAAAUGGUAUCUCGCAAAAUGGAGAAUUUCAAAGCUACAGGGCCCCAAAAAUGUGAGGUGACACAGGGAGUGGGGUUAUCCUAGGGAGGCUGUAGUGAUGCCCUGGAGCUGGGGGUUGCCCAAAACUGGUGUUCCCAGAGAAUACGACUAUCCUUGAGUCUGGUAAUAUGAUGGUGGCACUUACCAGGUGCCCCCAGGGAAGACAGGUGCCCCAAAAACGUGGGACACCCCUAUGACUGACAAGCAUGGAAAGCUGUGAGAAUGGGGGUGUUCAAAGGGUUUGUGAGUGCCCCAGAGUAAUGGGGGUGCAUGGGGAAUGCCCUUGUGUGCAGCUUUCCCCUAAAAGCACUAGGGGUACUCAGAGCUGCAGCAUUUGCUAAUUCUGCAGGGCUGGCACAGGGGCACAUCUGUCUGAUGGUAUGGCUUGACUUUGCUUAGCUUGGCAUGGCACAGCCAGGGCAGGAGGAACAUGGGGCUCUACUGUGGGGGGAGCCCCACAGCAACCCCCAACAGAGGGCAAGCCAGCCUUGCAGUCCCCCGGUGCAUCCCCCAAAUGCUGACACCACCCUUGCUCUAUCAGUGGGGAAACAGACGCAGAGCCUUGCAUUGCCAUCACCCACUGGCCAUGGCCAGGAGGGCUCCUGCUCUACUGGAGGGACUGUAGUACACAGGGGUACCUUGAAGGGGAUCCCCUCAUCCACUGAAAACCUAGGCACAUAUUGGAGACUCCCAGCUGGAGACCCUUGGGGUGCAUCAUCGCAGGGAUGACAGUGAACCCCUGGGUGACCCCCGGUGCAGUGUGGCCUGGGACAACCUGGGACAGGAGGGUGACAGGGGGCUGCGGGCUCCCCUCGGCCUGGGAGAGGAAUCUGGGGGGACCAGGGUCCCUUUGGCUGACACUUCCGCUUCGUGCUGGGAGAAGAUUUUGCAACAUUUCCUCCCCGGGCAGUAUAAAGUGGGCGGUGGAGGAAAGGACUACUGGGACGCGGCACGGCAGCAGGCGCAGUGAGAAAUACCUUGGGAUCAGGAGAAGACCCCACAUUUGAGGGGACGGCGACAGCAGCAAGCAGCAAAAUGGAGUCCUUGUCUUACAGUGGGGAUUUCUCCAACAUCUUCUACCUUUACAACUACACCUAUGACUACAGCACAGCCAUGCCUGACACUGCAGACUUAUCCUCUCCAUGCCGGCCUGAAAGCUCUGCCCUCAACAAGUACCUGGUGGUGGUGAUCUACUGCCUGGUUUUCAUCCUCAGUGUGGUGGGGAAUGGGCUGGUGGUGCUGGUGGUGACCUCCAGCCACACGAGCCGCUCUGUCACCGACGUCUACCUGCUCAACCUGGCUGUGGCAGACCUGCUGUUCGCUUUGAGCCUGCCGCUUUGGGCAGCCUACCGAGCCCACGAGUGGGUCUUUGGCACUGUGAUGUGCAAAGCCAUCUCCGUGCUGCAGGAAGCCAACUUCUACAGCGGCAUCCUUCUGCUGGCCUGCAUUAGCGUGGACCGCUACCUGGCCAUUGUCUACGCCACACGGGCUGCCACUGAGAAGAGGCACUGGGUGAAGUUUGUCUGCUUGGGCAUCUGGGUGUUCUCCGUGCUGCUCUCCCUGCCUGUGCUGCUCUUCCGUGAGGCUUUCCGCUCACCCAACAACGGCACCGUGUGCUAUGAGCGCAUCAGCGGCGAGGACACGACCAAGUGGCGGGUGGUGCUGCGGAUCCUGCCGCAGACAUUCGGCUUUGUCUUGCCCCUCCUGGUGAUGUUCUUCUGCUAUGGCGUCACCAUCCACACCCUCCUGCAGACCAAGAAUGCUCAGAAGCAGCGGGCCAUGAAGGUCAUCUUUGCUGUGGUGUUGGUCUUCCUCAUCUGCUGGCUGCCCUACAACAUCACGCUGGUGAGCGACACCCUCAUGAGGACACGGGCCAUUGCCGAGACCUGUGAGAGGAGGAACCGCAUCGACACAGCCCUCUCUGUCACGCAGGUCCUGGGCUUUGCCCACAGCUGCAUCAACCCUAUCAUCUACGCCUUCAUCGGUCAAAAGUUUCGCAACAGCUUCCUCAAGAUCCUGGCGCAGCGUGGGCUGAUCAGCAAGGAUGCUGUUGCCCGCUAUGGCCGCGCCUCCUAUGCCUCCACCUCUGGCAAUACAUCCACCACCCUCUGAGCCCCUCUGGGAUCCAGCCCUUGUGGGUAUCAGCAGGUUCCAGCACCCCACACACCUCAGCAUCAUGCAGCCCCCUGGAACGUGGGUGGUAAUGCCAUGGAGAUGGGCAGAGCCACCACUGGAGCUGGACCCCAACUGGAAGGGGGCUUGGGUGGCAAGAUGGUAGAACCUCAUUGCCAGGGGAGUGAUGUCAAGUGUCCACCCUUCCCUCUCUUUGGGACAAAGCCUGUGACCCUGGGGAUUCUGUGAGCCUGCUGUGAGGAUGGUGUUUUUACCUGAUGACCAUCCAGCAAUAAAGGAGUUGGUGGCUUGGUC